GGUUGAUAUUUCGUGUGGGGCGUGUUGGGAAGUUGUAGUUGGAACCAUGUAGCCAUUGAACUCUGCGAACUUUUUUCCCUUCAUUUGACAUUUUUGCGUUGUUCGAUGCAAGAAACACGAAUUAAGAGGAAGUUAAAACUCUGUAUUUACAUUUAGUGGAACAUAUCAUCGUAGUGUGAAUCAUCCAGUCCAUAAGUUUCUUUUGUUGUGUGGGAGUGUCCAAAGGGGGGGCGAGGUAAAAUUGUUGGAACUGAACAAUCGACGGAGGCAAAAAAGAGAAAGAAAAUAUGUUUCUGACUGAAUUGGCAUAAAAGUUUCUGUGAUUCAUGAUGGUGGUGGAUUCUGCGCCCCGUCAUUCAUUUCACAAGAUGCAACCGACGGGGAUGACACCUAAGGAACUGUCGGAAAAUGAUGACUUGGCUACGUCACUGGUCCUAGAUCCCCAUUUAGGAUUUGUCACUCAUAAAAUGAAUGUUAGGUAUCGACCACUGAAAGCAAACAAGGAAGAGCUCAAAUCUAUAAUAGAAGAGUUUAUAGUAACACAAGACUAUGACAAGGCUUACAAUCAUCUGAUAAGUGGAGAAUGGAUACCACGGGGACCGCAUACCAAAACAAAACAGCAACAGCAACGUUUAGGAGAGCAUAUCUACAGGUAUCUUCGUGUGUUUGAUCGAGACUCAGGAUUCAUCAUAGAACCCUGUUAUCGAUAUUCCCUUGAGGGGCAGAAAGGUGCAAAGAUCUCUGCUACCAGAAAAUGGUAUAAGAACGAGAAAAUAUCAUGUCUGGUGGGUUGCAUCGCAGAGCUUAGUGAGGAGGAGGAGACCAUGCUGUUGCAUCCUGGGAAAAAUGACUUCUCUGUGAUGUAUAGUUGUCGCAAGAACUGUGCACAGCUGUGGCUAGGUCCAGCUGCUUUCAUCAACCAUGACUGCAGGGCCAAUUGCAAGUUUGUGGCAACUGGGCGGGACACUGCGUGCGUGAAGGUGUUGAGAGACAUUGAGGUGGGAGAAGAGAUCACCUGCUUCUAUGGAGAGGAUUUCUUUGGUGAUGGCAAUGGUUAUUGUGAAUGUGAAACAUGUGAAAGGAGGAGCACUGGUGCAUUUGGCAAGGGAAAGUCAAAGAAUGAUGAACUGAAUUGUGGCUAUAGACUAAGAGAAACAGACAACCGGUUGAAUCGCACGAAACACAGACAGCCAUCAAGUUUGAAGUCUGACUACAAGUCCCUGUCAGAAAAUAAUCCCAGCAGCAGGUCAUCAUCUGCAGGUAGUGACAUUAAGAGCAUCAUGGCUCCUCUCAGCAUGAAAGAACUGAGGCAGAAAGGACUCACAAAAUAUGAUGCAGAACUUCUUAUUGCACAAGGGUGUAAGUUCUCAGACAUUGACGAUGAUCACGGGACAAGAAAAGCUACGGCAGAGAAGAUAUUCAGUGGUCAGGAUAAUAUGUGUGUUCAGAAUGGGGAGAGGCCAGGACGAGAAAGAUUGUGUCGUGGUGUACGAAGUGAAAUGUCUAGAAACAAUUGCACAGACAACAAACCCAGGCGAACUGGCGUCGGUACGAAGUCUGGAAGACUCCCACGGAGGCUGCCAGGAAAGAGAGAAAAGCCAGUACAGUUAAAUGAGGAAGAAGAUGAUGAUGAUAUUUCUUUAUCAAGCUUGAUGAAUCGUGGAUCAACUGUUUUGCUGGAUGACACACGAAGCAAUUCUAGCAGCGUUGGUAGUGAGCAGAAGGAGGACCUGUGCAGUGAGAGUGAUCACAGUAGUGCUAGUUCUGUGCUUACAGAAGGGAUAAUGUUGCGCAAUCAUAAGCGACUUAAUGAGCCACUUAUUGAGUCACUGGCCAUGAUGAAAGAAAAAGUUAACAACUUAAACACCAACAGGAAUAAUUGUAGUGGACAGCUGCUUGAACUGAAAGAUGAUGAGAUCUCUCGCAGGUCUCAAGAGAAGAUUGACCAGGUUGAACAAAUGUCUGUGAAAGAAAGUGGAAAGUCAGCUGUGGUAUUUGAAAUUCUUGAUGACCAAUGUAAGGAUCGUUGUAAGAAUUUAAACUCUAAAUUGGAGCUUCUGGCAGCAAAACAGGAUAAGCAACUCCCAGAAAGGAACAGUAAUGGACAGUUUGUUAGAAAAAUUGUAAAUGGGAAAUUAGAAAAGUGUUGGGAUCAUCACUUGAGACGUGUGACUACUUCCAGACGUACAUCCUCGACAGUGAGUGGAUUCUUGAAGCAUUCACGGGGGGUAGGGAGUAGGAAUGUAAAUGGGAUGAUGUCUAGGUUAGAUGAUGGGAAGGUGGGGGACACUGCCCCCACAGUGAUAGGUGAAAGGACCAAAGAUGUGUAUGAAUUUGAUGAUAAAGAUGACUGUGACAUGGAAGAGCCACGCUUACUUAGACGUUCAAGGAUCGGAUUUCCGUCGUCCACUAAGACUAGCCUAAAUGGAAGUUGGAAUGCUGCAGAGAAUAUCCCCAAAAAUGACAGUAUUGAAUCUACAGAUAGCUUUGGGGAAAGAGACAGGAGUAUCUUCUAUGCAUCACAAACUACCACACCCUCUAAGGGGAAUGAGAGCGGAGGCCGGUUAAAACUGACACUCCGUAUGAAGCGCAGCCCUGUCCUGGAUGAAGUUAUUGAGUCAGGGAAUAGUUUCAGUGAGGACAGCUAUGAGCCAGAGUACGAAGUUCUUCGGGUGGAAGGCGUAGGCAACGAGAACCAUUUACAAAACAAACACCGCAAGAAGCGCCACAAAUCCAAGGACAGGGAGAAGCGCCACCGGAGAGAAACUCUGCAGGAGGAACCUGGAGGCUUCUAUUCAUCUAUGGUACAUCCGCCGAUGAAGCGUUUGAGACUGAUAUUUGGGAAUGAGACUCACACAAUUGACAUCCCAUCCACUGCCACUUCCAAAACAUUGGUUAAGUCUGCGUGAACAAAUGAAUAAGUAGGCAAUGAAAAUUUGUUUAGCCACAAAGUCUGUUGGAAAUCUCCCCUCCCCCCUACUCUGCACCCAAAAUCCUAACUAAAGUUGUAUGUUGUGAUAUAAUUGUUGGGUUAAUUUUUGGUUAUCAUGGAUCUCAGGUCAGAGUGUAACACCCAACAAUGGAAUAGAAAGAAAAUUGAGAGAGCUGAAUGGGUUGUUGCCAAAUUGCUUAUUUGCUCAGCAAAUUGUAUUACACAUAGUGUUCCAAUUUGUUUUUCCACUAGGCUAUAUAGAAAAUGGGUUGCUGGUAUGAGGCGUACCUACAAGUUGGUGGUAAACCAAGGGGGUUCAGUUGGAGGUGAAUUUUAUUUUCAUCAAUUAUUUUAUGCUCUGAAAUAUUUAUUUAAAACCCUACUUUUUGAAAAUGAAUUAUAAAUUAUAUUCUAAAUAAUAAUUAUGAUUAUAAAUCUGGUAUUCAUUUUGAAAAAUGGAUUACUCUUGGGGUUGGGGGUAUUUGAUAAGUCAGUUAAGUGCAUGAGAGAUGCAUAGCAAAUAAUAUGUAAAUGUUAAGGUAUUCGACAAGGACUUGUUUUAAUCUUUGUUUUGUACAUUUUGUUUUCCUGUGAAAUGGUAUUGUAUAUAUGAUGAUGCUUUAUUGUCAGAAAUUUUAUCUUGUCAUUAGUCAGGUUGUGGUAUGCCGAAGUUAAAGGAUCACACUAUUUGAGAGUGUUCAGGACUUUGAUGUAAGAUUUGUGUUUUGACAUUAUGAUGUUUGAGCACUAUGGUUUUUAAUUUUCACUUCAUGUCACUAUACAAGAAGCACAACAUAUACUUAAAAAGUCUUAAAAUAUUUUGAGGAAUUUUCUGUGUACUGUAAAAUAAUUUCAACCCGUAGCAUUAAUGCAGACAUUUUUUGCACAUAAAAAAUUAUAUGUCACAGAAGCAUUACGUCAUGGAGACUAUCAGGAUAGUGUUACAAAUGAAGUUUGCACUAUUGAAAAAUUAAUUUUGAACAAACCUGGGAUGCUACAAAAGUUACAUUUGUAUCAGUUGGAAUAGUAAAAAAUAUUUUCAAAUUUACACAUGAGCUCCAUUAAUUUUGACAACAUCCAAGUAAUAAAAGAAUUUGUUUCAGUCUUUUGUAAGAUUCUUCACAAAGUUGAUGUUUUUAGAACAUCAAGCUCAUUCGGUGUGGCAUGUAGACAUGAUCUUUUACAUAGCUGUAUAUGAAAAGAGAUCUAGGGAGACACCCCAUUUUCCAGGAAAUGUUUGUAUCCCAUUAGAAGUGCCUUUUGCAGUGUCUCCUGAACUAAAAUACCCGCAAAAAAUAGAAAACAAUUCUUUUUGUUGCUAUUUUAGUUGUUACUAAUAAAACUUUGUAGUACAGUUACUUGUUUAAAAAUUUGUUUCUAAAAGUGUAUACACAGUAUGUAAUAACUAUCUACACAGGAUCUUAUGUUGGUUGUUGUUUAAUCUUUUGUUACAUGGUUCUCUGUUGUAUUUUAAAUAUUUUCUUUGAGUGGAAAGCAUGCUGUUCUGGAUAAGAACUGUGCAUAUGAAUUGUGCUGUAAGUGCAGGAAAGUCAUGUCAAUAUAACAGGGUCAUAAUUGAAGACAAAGCUAAACUUAUCUGAUGUCCAGCAGCAUAUGUGAUGGCAUAGUGAGCUGUAUCACAGUACUUUUGAAGUACAUCAGUGAGUUGUUACAACUAGGCCAUUUUUGAUUUAAGAUGGAAUUAUUUGUGUGCAAAGAAACUCCCCCCCCCCCCAAAGUAUAAUAAGCCACUUUCACAUUUGCAUCUUGAAAUUGACUCACUUAUAUGUACAGAAUUUUUUUUGUCAUUGUCAAAAUUUCAUCCUGAGCUCCCUUCUGUCUGUGGUCUGCUCAGCUGUCUUUGUGGCCAUGGAUAAUUUUGACAUUGAUGUUAUUGGUAAAAUGGUUUUUGCCUGUUAUGAGAAUUGUUUGGUCAGCAAAUGAUAUUUCGGUCACAAUAUCACUUCUUAAAUGAUUUCCUCGCUGGCCGCAGUUGUUACUGUUCAUUGGCCUUUCAUAUGUUUGAUAGGGACAUGAUUGUGGGUUGGUCUGGAACCCUAAUGAUUGGUCAUUUACACCCCUGCUCUUCUUUCUGGGGUUUUGGUGGAUUAUUGUGGUGAUGGAAAGAGGUUUGGUAGGAUUGUCUUCCCCCAAUUCACAGCACAUGGUCAAGAGUUUCCCCUCCCCUCAUAUCUCUGUUUCUUGAGAUGGGUAGCUAACUGCAGUUGUUUUCAUACAUUUCUGUUGAAAGAUUCACGCUGCUUUGAGAAUGAUACAACUUCCUGAAUUGUCCUAGGUUGGUGAUACAGAAUGAUGACUUCUCAUCACUGAUGGGAAUUCAGUGUCUACAAUGGCAGGAUUGAAAAAUGUAGCCUUCGCUCCAUAUUUAAGUAGGUGGUUUGAAGUACUUACAUUAUCUCCCUCUGUUAAAUUUAUCCUGAUAACACAGAAAUUUGCAUUUUUGUUUGGCAUGUGGGGCUCCAGUACUGAGAGAGAAAUUCUUGUUCAAACUUAUAUGUUCCAAUUGCAUUUGACAGUGCUGAUGUCCUCAUUUGAACAUUAAUACCUUUAGAGAUGUGAGUGCAUGCAACAGCUGCAGCUGGUCUGAAAUGCCUCGGUGCCACAUGCUUUUCUCAUGGCUGCAGGUGCUGAGUAGCAUUCUCCCCUGCCAAAUCUCAAAAAAUGUGUAAGACAGUGGAAGGCUUUUUGAAUAUCAUUACAUUGAGAAAUGGGGUUAGCCAGUUCAUUUACAUUUUCAUUCAUGCUUGUGUUAGUCAUUUGUUUUUCCCAUUUUCCACUCCUACAACUGUAGAACUUUCAGUGCUUUUAGUUGCUGAUGGACAUGAAUUAGCUGUUUCCAUAUUGGCUACCAUUAUUGUUUUCUUUCAAGUUGUUGAACUAAGAUUGUGGUCUGUUUACAUCUUAUGUCAUCUCAGUAGGAUCAGCAACUUGCACCCUUCAUAUUUUAGUUCUUAGUGAAUUACUGUUUGAUCUUAUGCUUUCUCUUUUUGUGAUUGUCUUUGUUUCUGUAAUUUUGAUUGUAAACUGGCUGUUGAAGUGAGAGGUCGGCUUUAUGCUCUGGUUGCUUGACCCACAGGUUAAGUUCUGGUCUGGUGCUAGAAGUCUUGGAUGAGGUAAUGAAAGAAGAAUCCUAAGAACCUAGUAGGAAUUGAAUCAUGGUUUACCAGUUUACUGAUCCAUUUAACUGACUUAGAUGUCACAGUUCAUUGUGUUAGCAGUAAUGUUGAACCAAUUGACUUCUUUUCAGGAAACUCCAGUAUGACAGUCAUCCCUUCAGAAUUUACGUGGUUUCAUAUCUUUUAAACCCCUUGCACGUUUGUGUCCAUGUCCUUCCCAACUCUUCAUUUAGUCAUCUUCAUAUAUUUAUUUUGAUGCUCUUUAAGUCCAGUUGCUGAUACAGCAUCAUAAUGUCCAAAGGACUAAUCUAAUGGAUUCUAAACAUUUGAAGAAACAAACAUUUUUUCUUUCUUUUGAAAGUGUCAGAAAAACAUUGUUUAUCCAGCCAGAAGUAAUUUUGUUUCUAUUUGCUUUAGAACUUAAGUGCUAACAGGAUAUUAUUCUUUUUUAAAAUGAGAAGUCUAGUUGCCACUAAAAUGGUUUCAUAAUAUGGGACCAUUGUAAAAUGUGAUCUUGUAGCAUUUGGUAAAAGAAAUGUACAGAAAGGUCAUUGGAAGUAUAGAGAUUCUCAAGCCAUGGGCUUCAUGCAACCUGCCAGUAUUAUUUGUGUGAACUGCAUGUUUCGUGAUAAUGUGUCAUUCUGUAUGUAGAAAAUUACCUGCCUGAUAUCAGGAAACAUAUCUCCUGAAGUAAUUUAUUAUUUGGCAGUAACAGUUGCUGUGAGUAACUGUUCAACUUAAAAUCAAGAACUAGUAUGUAUCUUACUGGUGUACAUGUGAAGGGAAGCAUACAACAACAGAAAUUAAACCUGAUGCUGAAAGUUUACUCAAGCAAAUAUCUCACUAAUUACUGACUUUGUUAAAGAAAAUGGGUAAUUUGUGAACAUGUUUGCAUUAGUAGACCUAAUUCAGUAACAUUUCUAACCAACUACCAUGGCAUUUCCAUAAUUGUCCUUGUUUAUAUAUAAUCUUGCAGCAUGUGAGUCAAAAAACAGUGAAUGUGGCCCCAGGUCUGGAAAAAGUUGAGUAACUCUCUACCUUGAUAAUUCAAGAGUAAAGUGCAGUAUGGAUUAUUAUGUGUAUCAAAGAAUAUACAUUUGAGUUGUUGAGAAUCUAUUUGUAAUGCUAUGUCUCACCCGGUGAUUCUUGUCCAUAAUGUACAGUCAUCAUUUAAGUUAACUAAUGAUGCUGUGAUACAGAUUUUUGUGCCUGGUGGCCUUUUAAAUGGGUACCCAAGAUUUGGUUUGUGUGAAUACAUGAUUGCUGUAAUCUUUAGUACCCUGUUACGUUGUGACUUUAAACAAUAUAAAAAUUAAAAACUUGGUGUUACUACAUCCGAGCUUUAGGACUUUUUGUUUGUGAUUUUUAUAUUUGAUGUACCAAGAAACAAUUUGCCAGUUGUGUUCAAGAAAAAAAAAGUAUGUGAUCAUUCAUGGAGUUGUGGUAUAUUUAAAAUGUUUCUGUGAUUUGUAAGUUUUUUGGGGGUUUAUAUAUUUCGUCCAUAUUCAACAUGUUUUAUUAACAGUCUUAACCCUUUCAGUGUCAUCAUGAGUAUGCCUCUUCUGGGAAGAAUAUUUUAUUCAUAUACCAUCUGUCAUUUUCCAUUAAACACAAAAAAUGUUUACAUUGAAGUCUGAUCUGUAAGUUGCUUGUAGACAGCUCUUCUGAUCAUGACAUUGAAAGGAUUAUGACCACUGUUAAUGUACUGUUUAGAUUUGAGCAACACUUGUCAUUUGUUUACCUUUAUCGACUGAUAUAUAUAGACUUCCAUUAUUCUC